CCCGAGAGGGAGACCCUGGCGGCGGCGGCGGCGGCGCCUGACACUCGGCGCCUCCUGCCGUGCUCCGGGGCGGCAUGUCCGAGGCUGGCGGGGCCGGGCCGGGCGGCGGCGGGGCAGGGGCCGGGGCAGGGGCCGGGCUCGGGGCUCUGCCCCCGCAGCCCCCCGUGCCGCCGCCCGCGCCGCCGCAGGGCUCCCCGUGCGCCGCCGCCGCCGGGGGCUCGGGCGCCUGCGGACCGGCGACGGCAGUGGCGGCGGCGGGCACGGCCGAAGGACCAGGAGGCGGCGGCUCGGCCCGGAUCGCGGUGAAGAAGGCGCAACUGCGCUCGGCUCCGCGGGCCAAGAAACUGGAGAAACUCGGAGUGUACUCCGCCUGCAAGGCCGAGGAGUCUUGUAAAUGUAAUGGCUGGAAAAAUCCCAACCCUUCUCCUACUCCCCCGAGAGCUGACCUGCAGCAAAUCAUUGUCAGUCUAACAGAAUCCUGCCGGAGUUGUAGCCAUGCACUAGCUGCUCAUGUUUCCCACCUGGAAAAUGUGUCCGAGGAAGAAAUGAACAGACUCCUGGGAAUAGUGUUGGAUGUGGAAUAUCUCUUUACCUGUGUCCACAAGGAAGAAGAUGCAGAUACCAAACAAGUUUAUUUCUAUCUAUUUAAGCUCUUGAGAAAGUCUAUUUUACAAAGAGGAAAACCUGUGGUUGAAGGCUCUUUGGAGAAGAAACCCCCAUUCGAAAAGCCUAGUAUUGAACAGGGUGUGAAUAACUUUGUACAGUACAAAUUUAGUCACCUGCCAUCCAAAGAAAGGCAAACAAUUGUUGAGUUGGCAAAAAUGUUCCUAAACCGCAUCAACUAUUGGCACCUGGAGGCACCAUCUCAACGAAGACUGCGAUCUCCCAAUGAUGAUAUUUCUGGAUACAAAGAGAACUACACAAGGUGGCUGUGUUACUGCAACGUGCCCCAGUUCUGCGACAGUCUACCUCGGUAUGAAACCACCCAGGUGUUUGGGAGAACACUGCUGCGCUCAGUCUUCACAGUCAUGAGACGACAACUCCUGGAACAAGCAAGACAGGAGAAAGACAAAUUGCCACUUGAAAAACGAACUCUAAUCCUCACCCAUUUUCCAAAGUUCCUGUCCAUGUUAGAAGAAGAAGUUUAUAGUCAAAACUCUCCUAUCUGGGAUCAGGAUUUUCUCUCAGCCUCUUCCAGAACCAGCCAGCUAGGAAUCCAAACAGUCAUCAGUCCACCUCCUGUAGCUGGGACCAUUUCAUAUAAUUCAAACUCAUCUUCUCUUGAGCAACCUAAUGGAGGGAGCACCAGUCCUUCCUGCAAAGGCUCUUCUGGGCUUGAGGCAAACCCAGGAGAAAAGAGGAAAAUGAAUGACUCUCAUGCCUUGGAGGAGGCCAAGAAACCCCGAGUUAUGGGGGAUAUUCCAAUGGAAUUAAUCGAUGAGGUCAUGUCUACCAUCACAGACCCUGCAGCAAUGCUUGGACCAGAGGUCAGCAGGACCAAUUUACUGUCAGCACAUUCAGCUAGGGACGAGGCAGCAAGGCUGGAAGAGCGCAGGGGCGUGAUUGAAUUUCAUGUGGUCGGCAAUUCCCUGAACCAGAAACCCAACAAGAAGAUUCUAAUGUGGCUGGUCGGUCUCCAGAACGUGUUCUCACACCAGCUGCCCCGGAUGCCAAAAGAGUACAUCACACGGCUUGUCUUUGACCCGAAACACAAAACCCUUGCCCUAAUUAAAGAUGGCCGUGUUAUUGGUGGUAUCUGUUUCCGCAUGUUCCCAUCGCAAGGAUUCACAGAGAUUGUUUUCUGUGCUGUAACCUCAAAUGAGCAAGUCAAGGGCUAUGGAACACACCUGAUGAAUCACUUGAAAGAAUAUCAUAUAAAACAUGAUAUCCUGAACUUCCUCACAUAUGCAGAUGAAUAUGCAAUUGGUUACUUCAAGAAACAGGGUUUCUCCAAAGAAAUUAAAAUACCUAAAACCAAAUAUGUUGGCUACAUCAAGGAUUAUGAGGGGGCCACUUUAAUGGGAUGUGAGCUAAAUCCACGGAUCCCAUACACAGAAUUUUCUGUCAUCAUUAAGAAGCAAAAGGAGAUCAUUAAAAAGCUGAUAGAAAGAAAACAAGCCCAGAUUCGAAAAGUAUACCCUGGACUUUCAUGUUUUAAAGAUGGAGUUCGGCAGAUUCCAAUAGAAAGCAUUCCCGGAAUUAGAGAGACAGGCUGGAAGCCGAGUGGAAAAGAGAAAAGUAAAGAGCCCAAAGACCCUGACCAGCUUUACAGCACGCUCAAGAGCAUCCUGCAGCAGGUGAAGAGCCAUCAAAGCGCUUGGCCCUUCAUGGAACCUGUGAAGAGAACAGAAGCUCCGGGAUAUUAUGAAGUUAUAAGGUUCCCCAUGGAUCUGAAAACCAUGAGCGAACGCCUCAAGAAUAGGUACUACGUGUCUAAGAAAUUAUUCAUGGCAGACUUACAGCGAGUCUUUACCAAUUGCAAAGAGUACAACCCCCCUGAGAGUGAAUACUACAAAUGUGCCAAUAUCCUGGAGAAAUUCUUCUUCAGUAAAAUUAAGGAAGCUGGAUUAAUUGACAAGUGAUUUUUACCCCCUUCUGCUUCUUAGAAACUCAUCAAGCAGUGUGCCUAAAGCAAGGUGGUUUAGUUUUAUAAAGAAUUGGACAUAAUGUUUUGAAGAUACUUACUUGUAAAUGUAAUAAUUAGCACUUUUGAAAAACAAACAAAACCUCCUUUUAGCUUUUUCAGAUAUGUAUUUAAAUUGAAGUCAUAGAACAUUUUUAUUUUAUGGAAUAGAUUUUAAGCUAUUUACUACUAUUGUAAAUUUUCUAUGGCAUGUCCAUUAGCUGAAUAUUCAAUAAUAGAUGAUCAGGGGUUUCCUCAAAACCUGUGUAUGAGGAAAUUGCACAUAGUACCAAGAUUUGGGGGAAUGCAGAAACUUUUCAGACCAUGAAUGUUUCCAUUUUUUUCUAAUGGAAUGUGAGAGUUUAUUUUUAUUUUAUUCUGAAGGACUUUAAGGAAGGGAUACAUGAUAAAAAGCCCGUAAAAGGUGAAAUAUGUGAUGUUUAAAGUCUCACUGUAGACUUUUUAUAUAUAUUUUUUAAAAAAACACUCAUCUAGAUGAGGUGCUUUGAGCAGUUCUGAAAAAUGCAGUUCCAGAAAAGCAACUGCUUUGAUUCCUAAGGAAGAAAUUCUAAAUAAUGCACACUUUUUUAUAAGCAUCUGGAUUUUUGAUAAUUCUAUCUACCUACAAUAAACUCAUGAGCACAUAACCACUAUUUUAAUAAUUAUUUUCUCUACACAGAUGUGGACUAUUAUAUUUGACUUCGCUUAUGCAGGCCAUAAGUUCCAAAAGGCAAUCUGAUGCACAGAGGCAUACAUUUAAAAACACUUUGAGAUUGAAUCAAUGUGCUUUAAUAAGGAACGAUGCAUCAUCUACAUACGUAUCAAAUUUGGUGAAUCCUUGUUCUAACAAAUAAGGAUUUUUUUCCCUUUUCUAUGAUGUUUGCAACCCCACUGAUAAUGUAUUAUAUGAACAUUUUUCCUUUUGCAUCUCCAGAUUAUAUUCAUUGUCUGAGGUGAAUUAAAUCACCAAGAUUUGCUGUCAGUAUUUUAACACCUACAUUGGAAGACAGACCCAGGGUAGUUUCCCACUAAAAUCCAUCAUACAACCUUAUUAACCUGUCUUGGGAUUCCAGCUUAGUGCUUGGAAAUAUUUCCUGAUUAACACUACAUAGAAAAGUGGGACAUCUGCCAUCCCAACUCUGGGAGAACCAACUAAUAUCAAACAAAUGAAGGCCAUUUUGAUGGUCUUUGACACUAAUUUUUAUGAUAAAAAUUUAUAAACUGAUUUUUGUAAAGAACUAGGUUUUAAAAGUAUAUUUAACUUGAUGUUUUCUAUCAGCAUAAAUGAGUUAAAAUGAUCAUGUAAUAGUUGUCAAAAACAGUUGCCAGAGAUAAUCUGCAUGAAGGAAAAAAACCUGCAAAUGGCUGUUUGCCAGUGGGAAGUAUGGUUUUUAAUAUGUAAGAGA